GGAGUACAAUUCAUUAUAUUCUAUAUACCCUAUAUCUUAAUUAUUCUAGAUGUACUUGUGUCUGUACUCCAAUGUACCCCUGGAGUGCAAUUCAUUAUAUUCUACGCACCCUAUAUAUUAAUCAUCCUAGAUGUACUUGUGUCUGUACACCAAUGUACCCCUGGAGUACAAUUCAUUAUAUUCUAUGUACCCUAUAUAUUAAUCAUUCUAGAUGUACUUGUGUCUGUACUUCAAUGUACCCCUGGAGUACAAUUUAGUCUGGAACAACUAGAAAACCUGGCCCAUCUUCACCUCAAACUUAAACCCGCAGACUGGAAUCUCAAAGAACCUACAACUUUCAACAAGGAGGAGGAAAAAAUAAAUGAAGAAAAUGAAAAAAUUGGAGGAAAAAAACAUUUCAAAAUUUUUGAGAGAAAACAGUGGAGAUCGAGAGAGAUUAUUCCAUCUGAACCUGAGAUAUCCCCUUUAAAUCUGAUUUCUCUGAACAUGAGUCAGAAACGGAAACGAAAGAAUACACCUAAACGAUUACGAAGAUCUGGUAGGUCUGAAACUCCGACCAAACUUCAAUGCUUCAGCUGUGUUCAAUGCUUUGAAACUGAGGACGAAAUGCUUCUUCACUUAAAGUCGGAGCAUAAAAGUAAACCUCAUAAAUGCUCCAGAUGCAGACAAUCUUUUGCGGAGAAGUUUGAACUUGAAGAUCAUCUUGCCAUUCAUGAUAUCAUGAGAACAACCAACCCUAAAUGUGAAAUCUGCGGUAAGGAGUAUUCAACUAACGCAACCCUGCAACAGCACACUAAGGAUGCGCAUAAUACAACCAAGUUCCCGUGCUCCACCUGCCAACGCCUGUUCUCCUCCCGCCGCUACCUACAGGAGCACACCGUGAAGAAGCACAGUGGUAAGGUGGGUCCAACCUGCCCAAUUUGUCACAAGACGUUUUCAGGGAAGGCGGAGCUUGUCACACACUCUACUGUGCACACUGGAGAACGCCCUUUUAAAUGCCACCUAUGUUCUAAAGCAUUUAGGUUAAAAUCUGUUUUAAGUAUGCACGUUAAAUCCCACUUGGGUAAAAAAGACGAAGUUUGUGAUAAGUGUGGAUUGAGUUUUCUUAAGAAAAGUGAUUUGUUAAAACACAUGAGAAGACAUAAUGGAUCAAAACCUUAUAAAUGUGAUGAAUGUGCAAAAGAAUUUAUUCGAAAAGAUUAUUUGGUGAAGCACAUGAAAAGCCAUGUUGCAAAGCUGAAUCGAUUUAUUAAACCCAGAAAUUAUCGACGCUCCUUAAAAUUGAGCCAGGAGGUAAUCCUGGAGCCCUUGGAGGGAGCUGACUCCCUUGAUGUUCCUAUAUUUGAGGAGGACGAGGACGGGGUCCAGGUCGUCUCCUUGCUCAACCCUGAUCAGAACCUUGUUAUAGAGGAGUUAGUGGAUCAGAAUCCGGUGCUUGUUCUCGCUUCAUAAUCCAGUGUUAAGGAUCAAAUUCAUUUGGAUGAGGAUUAGAGAUUCGUAUCCUGUAUCUAUCUACAUUGAACUGAAUACAGAUAUGGCUACAAAGAAAUUGAGUCUUAGCCGCAUACUUACAAUUUCUAAUCCUAAUAUAUUUUAGAAAUCUGAUGGUGUAAAUCUUCAAUAUGUCAAACUUGGACUAUUUGAUCAGAAUUCUUAGUUUGAAAUAUCUUAAAGUCUGCGAAAUUGGGUUGCAAAUUGUUCUUAUUCAUUUUUUUAAAAGUGCUUUUCAUUCAGACAUGUAUGUACUCUGUUCGAAGUUAGAAGAAUAACUUUUUAGAUUGAUUUUUGAAAUUAAUUUUUGAAAUUUUUCUGAUGGUUAAGUUAAUUUUUAAUACACUUGGAAGUUUUGUUAAACUCUUAAAGUGCUCGUCUGUCGAAACCUAUGUACAAAUGUGAUUGAUAUCUAUAUUAUUAAUGUUUAAAUAUUGUUUUAGUUUUAUAAAUUUAAUUUUCUCUAGUUUCAGA